UUUCCUGUUUCCUUGUGUUUUCUUUAUAAUAUGUGUGCGUGGACGCAAAGUGAACAUUACUAGUUAAGGCUGCAAUUUUAAGUGGGAUAGUUGUAUUUGAUUUGGUAAACAAAAUCAUGACUUGCCGAGAAAUUAAUUUGGUUUUCCUUAUGGUAUUAAUGGUAAAUCUAAACGAAUACGGAUUUUCCGCUUCCUUGAGUGAGUUUGCCAAGAUAGUCGAUGUCGAGUUUAAGAUUCCAAAUCUCAAUGCUCAAGUUGGAAUCAGUAACGAACAUGACGUCAAACGAGUUACGAAGACUGGCAAGACAGAUGUUACAGAAAAUGACGAUGAUUUAAAGAAGGGACUAGCUGAAAAAGGACUCCAUGAAAACAAAGAACACAACUACAAAUCAAUAGAUUUACAAAAUAUUAGAAAACAGCUAGCAGGCUCAGUUGACAUAUCGUUCUCUGCGAAACUUGGAACAUCUAUUGCAGAUAUUUCUCCUUGGAAUACGGUUGUAUUUAACAAGGCGAUUACUAACAAUGGAAACUGUUACAACACCGCUACUGGUAUUUUUACCGCUCCAAUAGCUGGAACAUACUAUUUCUCCUCUACAAUAUUAACGAAAAUGAAAUCAACAGUGGAAAUGUCACUGAGAGUGAACGCAAAGGAUGAAAUGUUGAUGUACGCUUGCGCUACAACUCUAUCAUAUAAUAGUGCAACAAACAGCAUCAUUGUGAAACUGAAUAAAGGCGAUAAAGUAAAAAUUAUCAAGUACGGUAUAUGGGGAGCGCGCCCGUUUUACAUCCAUCAUAAUUGGAGCACAUUCACAGGUUUUUUGCUUUAGAAAAAUAAGCAUGAACAGAAAUAUGUAUGUCUGAAACAUCGGACUAAAUAAAAUAUUCAAUACAA